AUGGUCUUUUUCAUCCUGAUAGACAUGAAUGGAAAGAAAAAUCAGUCACGCUUUCGAAAAGCAUCGUCGUUGGAAAUGACAAACAGUGGAAUGCAAUUGAAGUAUUUCAAUAUUUUUUUGUGUGUGGGAGAAAAGUUUCUCUUCAUCGGUCACCAGUUUGAAUUAAAUGCUCCCAUAUGGUUCAAACUUCAAAUAACAGAUUAA